AUGGCGUGUCCUGGCAUCCACAUAUCCUCCAUGCUAAUGGUGUUUUUGUUGUUGAUUAAUGGCUCCUUCAGCAGGCCAAGCGUGAAGAUCGCAAACAAUGAGUUGACUGAGAUUUGUUCCACAACUCAAGAUCCUUCGUUUUGUGUUCAGGCUUUGAAGUCUGAUCCUCGCACUGCCAACGCUGACCUCAAAGGCCUGGCCCAAAUCUCUAUCGACUUGGCCAAGGCCAGUGCUACAAAGACCACUACUUUGAUCACCUCUCUGGUGGAAAAAGCCAAUGAUCCUAAGCUUAAAGGACGCUAUGAAACGUGUGCAGAAAACUAUGAUGAUUCCAUAAGUUCAUUGGAUGAUUGUACUGAAUCUGUGUCUUCUAGAGACUAUGUUAGUUUGAAUUUUCAAGCGUCUGCUGCCAUGGAUGGACCUGUGACAUGCUUAGAUAGCUUUGAAGGACCACCAAAGGACCCAUCUGAACUGCCUACCAAGUCUGAAGAUUUAAUACAUCUUUGUAGCAUCAUUUUGGCUAUCUCUAAGCGUUUGAUAGGAUAA